AUGGAUCUGGAAGAAAGCAAGAUGGGCACUGAGCAUAACAUUGAUCAUGAAGAGAGCAAACUGGACAGUGAGCAUAAUAUACAUCAAGAAGAGAGCAAAAUGGACACUGAGCAAAACAUCGAUCAAGAAGAGCGCAGAGUGGGAUCUGAGCAUAAUAUCGAUCAAGAAGAUAGUAAGAUGGGCACCGAGCAUAACAUGGACCAAGAAGAGAGCAGGACGGGCACUGAGCAUAGCAAGGACCAAGAAGAGAGCAAGACGGGCACUGAGCAUAACAAGGAACAAGAACAGAGCAGGACGGGCACUGAGCAUAAUAUGGAUCAAGAAGAGAGCAAGACGGGCACUCAGAAUCUUCCCGAGUUUUCUUCUAAUCCUAAUCCUCAGUCCUCAGAAAAAGAUGAUAGCAAGAAGGAUACUGAUCCGGCUGAAGGAUCUCGUAAACCAGAGUUGAGUGAGAAGAUUACUCCACGAUCAUUGAAGGCCAAAAAAAUUGUUAAGAAAUCUCUGGUUGGCAUUGCCAAAUUAAAGGCCAAGAAGAACAAUAGUUCCUCUCAGAUUCUGAGGAAAAAAAUCAUUAGGAAGAAUAAAAAAGUAGGGGACAAUGCUGAAAGCUCUCACAAAGCAGACGAGAAACCAAUUUCAGACAUUACCAAGCAGAAUAAAACAAAGGAUGAACCAACAAAGGAGAAAAAUAAGGAGGCUGAAAACAAUGAAGCGAAGGAAAGUCAGAAUAGGAGCAGUAAUGGCAAAAAUCCUAUGGAGGAGAGCCAACAGAAUAAAAAAGAUAAGGACAUCAAUCUGUUGGAUAAGACUGAACAAGAACAGAAGAGUGGAGAGAAGCUCAAAGAGUCAAAGAAGGGUUCUAGGCGGAGAAGAAACAAAAACAAGCAAAAUGGGAAGGAAAAGAGUCUAUCAAAUGACAAAAAGAGUGAAAGGCUCGGUGGUCUCAUCCUUAUGUGCAGUGCCAAGACAAAGCCUGAUUGUUUCCGCUAUCGUGUCAUGGGUGUUUCAGCUGCUAAAAAGGAUGAUGUUUUACAAGUCAAGCCUGGACUUAAGCUCUUUCUUUAUGAUUUUGAUCUGAAACUACUAUAUGGGAUUUACAAGGCUUCAUCUUCUGGUGGCAUGAAGCUUGAACCAAAAGCUUUUGGUGGAAAGUUUCCUGCCCAGGUCCGAUUCAAGAUUGUUUCUGAUUCUUUCCCGCUACCCGAAAGCGUUUUCAAAAAGGCUAUCAAGGAUAAUUAUAACGAAAAGAACAAGUUCAAACCAGAACUUACUGUUGCACAAGUUAGGAAGCUCACUAGACUUUUUCGACCAGUUGGGGCUCAGUCAGUUAUGCAGCCUGUUUAUGCUCCUCCAAAAGCAAUAAUUCGGGAAAGGGAAGUUCCGGGUCGGGUUAGGGGAUCACAACACCAUUCACGCAGGGAAAGAGAUGCUGGACAUCGGUCUGAUCGACGAGAGGAUAUUCCUCGUGAUUCAUUUCCUAGGGAGAAUUAUCGAGCUUAUGACCGAAGGAAUUUGGCUAGUACUUCUCAUGUUAAUCCUAUACUACCUUAUGAGAGAGAUUAUGAGCACCGUCCCCCAGAACCUCGCUAUGUUCCUGCUCAUGUAGAAAGGCUUCGAAGGGAUCCUAUUUAUUUGAAUGACCGUGAACAGCAGAGCUAUACUCGUGUUGCUUCUGACCAUAUAAAUGAUCCUUAUGCCUAUCGAUAUGGUGCUUCACCAAGGGGUGCAUAUUUGCCUCCUUUAAGUAGAGAGGCUCCUUUAAUUAGAGAGAACAUCUCGUAUUUGGUUGGGGGAAGACCUUUCGCUGGGAUUGAUAACUUGCGAAGGAGAGAGAUCGUUGAAGAUAGGCAUUACUCGACAUAUUCUGCUGCUGAUGCUUUGCCUGAUUACCGUCCAAUGCAGCCAUAUCGUGGAGACAAGUUGGAAGCCUCACCUUUACGAGUUUCAGCUCGUUACUCUUUUGCUGGCCCUUCAUUUUCUCGUCGCUAA